CGAUCUUGCUUGGAGUAUUCAUCAUCAAAGUGCUUUAAGACAACUUAGAAUCGAAAAAUGCGUUUCCUCAAUAUUUUAUUGACUGUGAUUCUGAUGUUUCACAUUGAUUCUGUCUAUUGCCAAGUUCCGGGGUUUUGCGAGCAAUGUUUUAGGACCAAGUGCCCACAGGCUUCUCCAGAACAGGUGACCGAUGCAGAAUGUGAACACGUGCCAGCCCCUCUGUGCCCGGGGCUGUGCGGUUGCACUGUUUGUGCACAAGUCGAAAAGGCCAGAUGCGGAUUCACAUUUGCAAGGUGUACCCAAGGGUUGAACUGUGUGGAGCGAAUAACAGGAGAGGUCAGGAAUCUUCACUCGGGCUAUCACAUGUUCGAUGGACGAUGUACGGACAUUAGAGGAGUGAAGAUUGUUGAGAAAUACGGACGGCAGUGGAUAGAAGGUGCACGCGGGCUAUCACAUUUACCAAGAGAUAACGGACGAUACUAAUGAUUUGUUAAUAUCCUUUUUUAUUUUCACAAAUAAAUAAUGUAUUGUACGUAUCCCAGAUGUACAAUUCUCAUAAGUUUCGCAAUACUUCGAAGUUACAGAUCAUAGCCUUAAGAUUUAUGUAAAAGUAU